AUGUGGCCAUUCGGGUCCUCGCCAAGCGAGCCAGAGCCAACACCGGUGCGCAAAGCAACAGCCCACCUACGCAAGCUCGAAUCAGGUUUCAUCGAUGCGGAGACUCGAGCCGACCUUGAAGAUUUGCUCGCACAGGCCAUAGCCAAUCCUUACGUCGCCUCGGCCGUCGCAGUCACAUUGGUGGGCAGUGGUACAGUCUUCUAUCGACGCUACCUCCGUCGUAUCACGAAUGCUUCCUUUCUCACACCGUCACAUCUCGAGCGACCAGGUCGAAUAAAGGGCAUGUGCACUCGCGUGGGCGACGCAGACGGUAUCAGAGUCUACCAUACUCCCGGACCGGGCUGGGGAUGGCUCAGACAUGUGCCGACAGAGCGCAAUGAGCUCAAGGACGAGACGCUGGCCAUACGCAUAGCGGGCGUUGACGCACCAGAGAUGGCCCACUUUGGCAAGCCGAGUCAGCCCUAUGCAGACGUCGCACAUCGCUACCUGACCGAACGAUGUCUGGGCAAGACCGUCAAGCUCAAAUUGCUCAGCAAGGAUAGAUAUGGACGCGUCGUCGCCAUGGUCUAUGCGCGCCCUUCGCCUCUUUGGCCUGUCAUGACAAACGUCAGCUAUGACAUGCUCAAGAAAGGUCUGGCGAUCGUGUAUGCUUCUGCUGGGGCAGAGUAUGAUGGCAUGGAGAAGAAGUUCCUCAAGGCUGAAGCGAAAGCCAAGCGGUGGCGCGUCGGUAUGUGGAGCCAGAAGCAUUUCGAGAGUCCUCGAGAAUACAAAAAGCGCCAUGGCAUAACCGAUUGA